ACGUUGUCGUGUGCUCACGUACGUUUUCGCGCUCACGUUGAUCUCGCAAUCGGCCACCGGAAAAAUCAAUUUUGACUAAUUUCGGAACGCAACGCACAAAAAAAGUGCGUGUAAUUGUUUUGUUGUUCAAAAUUUAUUAAUUUACCUUAUAAUUAAAAAAGGGAGUUUUAAAAAGCUAUAAAAACCGUUAAAAAUAAUUAAAAAUAGGCUGAUAAAUUGAAGUUUUGUGGAUUAUUUGAAAAGCGUUCACAAUGGUUGGAUACUCAAUGAAUGGUCCGGCAAGGGAUCGCGUUAUAAAACUUAUGGAAGAUAAGGAUCGAAUAGAGACUGAGAUUCGAGAACAGACGGCGGUCCUAGCAAGCAAUAAUGUGGGUAUGUCGGAUCCUUUAGUGGACGCAGACGGCUUCCCCAGAGCGGACGUAGACGUCUACAAAGUCCGACACGCAAGACAUCGGAUCAUCUGCUUGCAAAAUGACCACAAAUCCAUAAUGAGGAGAAUUGAGCAAGGCUUAGCGGAGGUGCAUUCCGACUAUGUCGGUCCCAACGGAGAAGGUCCAUCCGUGGUCGCACCAUCAUCGAGCGCUCCGUACACCAACGGUCACUCCAAUGGGCACAGUAAUGGCUAUACCAACGGUCAUGGCAACGGCCACAGGAAUGGCGAUAGUAAUUUGGAUGACGCUUGCUUCGCGGUCGUGGGUGAAGUACAAGACGGUUCACCUGCUUAUGUAGCGGGUCUCUGUGAACACGAUGAGAUACUGCAAUUCGGUUCGAUCAACAGUGACAACUAUGCUGACAUACUUCAAGUGUCCCACCUGGUCACCCAUUCCGUGGGACAGAAUAUACACGUGCAGAUCCGGCGGGGACAGCAGAUACUAGACAUAGAUCUUGUCCCGAGACAGUGGUCCAGGCCAGGACUGCUCGGCUGCCAUAUACGCAGGCGUAACACUUAAGCGCUAGAAGGUUGUCAACUUUUAUUGUAAGGGAUUUAAUUUAAUUUUAAAUAACAGACUCGAUUGUAUAACUGUGUCCACACAUUGGUUAUAUUAGCAUCAAGAUAUUGUAGCAAUUUUGUGAUUCAUCUCAAUAUUGAAUUGAAAUAUUGAGUCCAAUGCGUGUUGUGCACUUUUUUACUCAGUAAUCAAAAAUUUUUAAACUUCUUAGCUAAUCUCAAUCCAAAGAGUGGACGCAGAAUUCAAGUAUCUCUAAACUAACAAUAUCUUUAGCUUCAAUGAUAUAUGCCUACGAAACUUUAUAGCUAACAUUUUCAAUAUUACAGUAAUUAAAGUAGAGCUUCUUCGUUCAUAAUAAAUUACCGUUUAAAUUAGUUAAAUAUUUCUAAGGAAUUUCAACAAGUUCGUGACUAAUUAAGUAGUUCUCUUUCCGUUUAAUAAUAAAGGAAAGAGAGAGACUGAUGUUUAGUCCAGUGUACUGGUAUGUAGGUACUCACAAAAGCACAUGACGUGCUUGACUAAUUAAGGUAUUGUUAACUGUUUUAUUAAUUACAAACUAAUACUACUUUAGUGGGGAAAAGUGUACUCAAUUUUUUUAAUCAUAAGUACCUUUUGGUGUUAGUGAUAAUGCUGUAAUAAAAUAAUAAUUAUUAAAACAUAUAACUAAACUUCUAAUUGGAUAGUUGGCACCAUUCAUUUAUAAUUUCAAGGCACAACUUUUCUAAAAUAACACAAUUUCAACUCUGAAACCCAAUUAUAAAUUAUUUUGUAUCUUUGAAGUAACAAAAAAGACUUUCUUCGUCUUUGCAUACAUAACCUACGGUAGAAUCGCGAUUAAGUAGCUCAUUAAAAUGCGUUAAUUGAUUGGUGUCAGCUACCCUACUGUUUAAUUCAGUAUCUAUAAACUAUUACAAGUAUCUAUGACGCCACAGGGCUUGUUGUGCUUCCGUCUAUCUUUAUAAGAGUAGGCGCACACCGUUGAUUUUUCGUUGGCCGAUAGUUUAGUCGGGCAAGUUGAUCAGUAUGGGCAUGUAUGGGAGUGCGCACACUACGCCGAUACGAUUUGGCCGAUUCUUCAUACAAUUUGAAAUCGGGCACAACUAUCGAUCAACUAAAAAUCAACGGUGUGCGCCUACUCUAAUAGUACCCAGAUUGAAAGCUAUCAUAUAAAGUAUAGAAAUUGAGUUAAACACUUAUAAUUAAUUUUUCUUAGUAUUACAUCUCAAUUACCUAUUUGGAAUGAAACAACUUUGCCAUUUGUAUCAAAACUCGUUUAUUAAGUUAUUUUUAUUCAUAUUUAAACUUAAACUACAAAAUUACAAAGUAUUUUGUAUGUAAUUAAAUUACUAGUUAUAAAUUACUAAAAUUACAGUCUUUCUCGCGACUAUAAAAUUUGAAAACUUGGGAGUAGAUAGAAUAUUUUAUUAUAACUUAUUUCUAUUCUAACCUAAUGUUUUAUACUUAUCCUAAUUAAUAAUUACAUUUUAAAUAAUAUACCUAACUGUAACUUACACACUAAUACAAUACAUAAUAUGCCACAAUU